AUGAAUGUUGCCAAUAUAAAAUUUCUCUACAGGAAGUCUACACUGAUGCUAAAAUUGAUUCUCCUUUGGACCUGUCAACCACCUCUCUUCCUUCACAAUGUAUCAGCUGUCAAUCUGCAGCAGUUCAUUGGAUGUGCAGUUCGGGAGUUCACCUUCCUUGCUAAAAAGCCUGGUUGUGGUGGUUUGCUCAUCACUACUGAUGCCUGCUGGGGGCGCUGUGAGACAUGGGAGAAGCCAGUGCUGGAAUCCCCUUUCAUAGAGUCUUACCAGCGUGUUUGUACCUACAACAUGACACGUAUGGUCAGCGUGAAACUACCCAACUGCAAGUCCAACAUUGACCCAAUAUACACCUAUCCUGUGGCCCUAAGAUGUGCCUGUGGGUUCUGUCUGACAAGCACCACUGAAUGUAUAAUGUCUGUCUGA